AGACCAACAUCACCCAACAGCUGUAGAUGCUUGUUUCUGGCAGUUUUGUUUGCAUUUAUUAGGGUUCAGCUCCAAACGUAGACGGACUCACUGAAUAAGAUUUUGUAUGUCGCCAUGGAAAAAAGUGACGUUUCGUCUUGACAAAGAACAUACCCGCCUUUAAAUCAGGUGAUGGAGUUUCCACAGCAUUCCCAACAGGUUCUGUCAGCUCUGCGCUCCCAACGUCAGCGGGGUUUCCUUUGUGACUGCACCGUCCUGGUCGGCUCAUCUAGCUUUCUUGCUCAUAGGGCUGUUUUGGCCUCCUGCUCACCUUUUUUCCACAUGUUCUACUCUGAUUCUCCGGGAGGAAAUGGCGGAAGCCCCAAUAACAGCUCAGUCACACUCGACAGUGACAUUGUUACGGCUGCUGCAUUCAGCUUGCUGUUGGACUUUGUUUAUGAAGGUGUUCUGCAGCUGCAGGAGUCUCCACCAGUGGAGGACAUUUUGGCAGCUGCAAGUUUCCUGCACAUGAAUGAGGUAGUGAGAGUGUGCAAGAGACGAUUACAGAGACGAGGGCCUCUUGCUGAAGCAGAUAGCACACGGUCCGAAGAGAGCGCUGGGGCAAGGAAGGGAAUAGAAAUGGAAACGGACAGUGGAGGUCACCGUGGAGCUGGGCCAGAGAUGGUUAUGGAAACUGAUCGUAGACUGAAUGCUGUUGCACAGGCAGCACCGUUUUUACCACUAUGUAUCACACGAGAGAGGAGUCACAUGGACUCUGUAAAGUCUGAGAUGAGUACUAGUUCAGGGUCUGAAGCCCGAGUGCAGACACCUCUGAGUCCCGAGCUCGCUGAUACCACCCAGCCAGGAAUGGAUGCUCCUUCUUUGCCCCCAGGAGGAGAGCUGGUUCAGUGCCUCAGUGCAGGCCCCUCAGCUGCAGCUUCUGCAGCCAGUGUAGCAACUGGAAGACUUGGAGAGGGAUUGUUACUAUGCAGCCCUUGUAGCACCACUGAGACAUACAGCAGCAACCAGCAGCCCUCUUCCUCUUCAUCUUCCUUGGUCCCUGUGAGCCAGACAACUGGCCGGUCGAUUGUUGCUCUUCCUCUUUCUGACUCCAGCCUCUCCCCAAGCCCCCAUCAGGAUGUAAUUCAUCUACCACGUGAUGACAGCUCUGGAAGGAAACCCUCAGAGUCUGACCCUGUUGGUACGUUUAGUCCUGUUCAAAAGACAGUAGUAUUAAUUCAUGCAUCAGCAGUCCCAACGCAAUUACAGACAAACCAGAGACCGUCACUGCCUGAGUCUGUGCCUCCUCAAAUCAGAAUCCAUAACACUGUAUCACUCCACCAAAGCCCAGGUACUCGCCCUACUCUCCCGACCCAAGCCCAUACUGAUCCUCAAGUGGAGACGGGGGCUUUACCCAGCAUCAGGGAUGGAAGAUCUCAUCCUGUCACAGGCAGAGUGAGGGUGGAGGUAGUAGAUAGCGAUCAGGAAAACGUAAAGGUCAAGAUGGAGGCAAUCGUUAUAUCUGAUGAAGAAGCGGAGGAAAAAGAUGAAGGGAAAGAGACAGAACCUGUGAUGGAAGUGGAAGAUGAGUUGGAAGAAGAGCUGAACUGCCCUUUGUAUAUCUCAUCACACUCACAAGGUCUCUUACAAAUGACCUCUAAUACCAAUGAAUCUUACUCCUUCUCUCUCUCCCCGGCCUCCUCCUCCCCUUCUGGUGCUGGCCCUUCCACCCAGGACACGUCAUCCUUCACAGGUUCUCUCAUUCCUCCAACCACAGCUCAACAAACUUCAGAAAAUCCUGCCUACUUCCAGGACUUCCGGGAACCUGUUGGCAACUUUGUGGAGGAUGUGCCAACAUGUGGGGUCUGCGGAAAGACUUUCUCUUGCACAUACACACUAAGGCGUCAUGCCAUUGUGCACACGCGUGAGCGCCCAUAUGAGUGCCGCUAUUGUUACCGCAGCUACACUCAAUCAGGUGACCUGUAUCGGCACAUUCGGAAAGCCCAUGACCACAGCCUGCCUGCAAAACGCAGCAAGGCAGACACAGAGCCAUCCCUGCCACCACAGCCGCCGCCGCCGCCACCACCUCUUAGCUAACACACACAUGUUUAUAUUUCUACACUUAAAUGCAAUAUCUAACUUUAACUGAAUAAGAAGUAUAAUUCUACCAUCAACCCAAAUCCACGUCCCUUUA